GAGAGAGAGAGAGAGAGAGAGAUGCAUAGUUUUGUGAUGUCAUGUUAAACCGUUUUCUAAGAGAUGAAAAUGUUCAUGCAAUUCUGGUUAAUUGAGAGCCGAAUGGCAUGCAUUUCUUGCCUAUUCUCUUUGCUAAUUAAUCCUUUCCUUUCUUCUUUUUAAAUGUACUUGCAAAGUUUGGAACUUGCAUCACCAUUACAUAAUUCUCCUUCACCUCUCUCUCUCUCUCUCUCUCUCUCUCUCUCUCUCGAUGGGAAGGCCACCUUGCUGCGAUAAAUCAAACGUGAAAAGAGGCAUCUGGACUGCAGCAGAGGAUGCCAAACUUCUUGCAUACAUUUCGAAACACGGAGUUGGAAAUUGGACUUUGGUUCCAAAGAAAGCAGGACUUAAUAGAUGCGGGAAGAGCUGCAGGCUUAGGUGGACUAAUUACCUGAGGCCUGACCUCAUACAUGACAGCUUCACUCCUCAAGAGGAAGAGCAUAUUAUUAACCUUCAUGAGGCUAUAGGCAGCAGGUGGUCCCUCAUUGCAAAGCUACUACCCGGAAGAACAGAUAAUGAUGUCAAAAACUACUGGAACACUAAGUUGAAAAAGAAGCUUUCCAAAAUGGGAAUUGACCCUGUAACCCAUAAACCUUUUUCUCAGAUCCUCUCUGACUAUGGAAACAUCAGCAGCCUCCCAAGCAUCGAUAAUCAAUUCGGGUCCUUUUUAAAGAACUUGAACAACACGUUCGUGCCCAAAUCAGAGCCGUCUUCAGGCAUCACAGGACUGCCCUUGGGCGUCAACACAUAUUCCAAUAUGAUGAUGAACCCUAUAGGAUCAGACAAUUCCACUGCUAGCACUCUUUCAUUGGGUAUUGUGGCUCAGUUUCAAGAAAUCAAUCAAGACAGUGUGCAAGUGCAACCACACUUUUUGAAUGAAGUAGCUUCCUCUUGUUCAUCAUCAUCUCCUCCUCAUGCCACUGAUCAUCAAUUAAGCUCUCAGCCAACUUACUUGUGCCAGCAAUCUCAUCAUGAGGCUCAAAUUACACCAUCUUCUUCCUUUAACUGGAGUGAAUUUCUUCUGCAUGAACCCUUUUCGUCAGCUGAUGAACUCAAGCAAGAACAAGAUUUCCAUGGAACAAUGAUGUCAUCCUCAUCAGCUCUUCCCACACUUGCUGGUGGAAGUGAACACAACUUGAAGGCAACAACUCAGGCAUGUGAUUUUGGAUCAUCAGCCAUUAAUAUUGGAGGCCAAAGGAACAAUAACUUGGCUCAUGAUCAAGCUUCUUCAUCUUCCAUGACUUCUUUUGUGGAUACUAUCUUGGGUCAAGAUAGUGAGAUGCAGGCAGCGUUUCCUGAACUUCUAGAUGCUUCUUUCGAUUAUUAAUUAGUGCUUGCAUUGUAUGUCACACUUUACUAUUAUAUUAAUUACAUAAUGAAGCUUUAAUUUUUCAUAGUCAUAAAUAACAUUUUAAAGUAAUUUAUUAACACUUGACAUCAUAGUUACUCAACCAAAGACAGAAAAAAAAGAAAAGAAAAGAAAAAGACAGACAGAAAUGAACUGGGGUCCAAGGGAUGGAUAAGGUCAAUGUAAUCUAGAAUUUUAUUAACUACUUCAAAAAACUACUGUCUCUGCUGGACUUGCAAUGCCUAUUCAUAUUGCCAAGUCACUUAAGAAUAACUCCUCUCCCUCUCCUCCAAUAGAAUUGUGGCUUUAUUUAUGAGUAACUGGCCACAAACUUAAAGAGAGCAAAACAACCUCAAAACAAAAAACAGUUUUGUUAGUUUAAGAAGGAAAGCCUUUUAAUAUCAUCCUCAUGAGUGAGACACGAAACAAAGACAGACGAACACAAAGACAAACACAGAGAAAGAGAAAGAGACAGAGACAGAAAGUAUUGAGAUCAAUGAAUGCAUUGCCGAGAUCAUCGAUUUCAUUUAGGAGGCAAGGCUCUUCCGGCCUCAUUUGGGAGGAUAGGAUUCAAGUACUUGAACAGAAGCCCGCUCUGCAGGUCACAAUUUCCAUUAAGAAAAGUGACUGUCAAGAGCAUGCUUCGAAUCUCGACGAAAGAUUUCAAGACAGAAAGGAUGUUGAUUCACCUUCCCCACCAUUACCAGAGACAUCUGUACCUUCUAAACCAGAAAAAAAAGAUCGAGGAUGUUCCUUUUCUAUCCUGUUUGGCCGAUGUAUGCGGUCU